GAAUGCAUCGCGCUCUGGUGGAGCUCGGACGCGCCAUCUGGAUUAUCCUCAGAUUACUGAUACAUUGAACUGACUAUAUAACAUUUAGAAUAAGCUUUUAGUCCUGAUCACCUCGGUGAGUAGGCUAUAGCAGUCAUGUUUUUAUUCACAAGAGCUUUGCUUUUUGUGAAUGUAUUAUGUAUUAAAUUCCAAGUUGCGCGUUCCAUGCAGAGUCAGCUGUGCGAACCGGUCAGAUUGGAUCAUCACAGAUUUGCGCAGAACAAUGUGGUCGGCUCUGAAAAAAAAGCAUCGCAGGAAAAAGUGGCUUUCAAAAUCAGUGCAUUCGGUGAGGAUUUUGUGCUCGAUUUGCAAGCGGAUUCUAGCUUCAUGACACCAGCGCUGUCCACGAAUAUAGACCAGGACAUGGGCGGUUGGUCCGAGCGCACGGACCUUCACCGCUGUUUUUACGCAGGCAUCGUUAACAAGGACCCUCUUUCAUACGUGGCGCUUAGUUUGUGCAACGGUCUGCAAGGUGCAUUUGGUUACAAUGGAUGGGAGUAUUUUAUCAAGCCUGUACAGGACGAGUCAUCAUCUUUAAGCGCGCACCGGAGCGCAGAAAGCGCACACCUUCUCCGGCGGCGCGCCAACGCCGAGCUGUAUGGCAAUGGCACGUCGCGAUGCGGAGUGGAUGGUGGUCCGACUCCGGAUGCUACACGCUCCCUGGAGAAGUUUAAACACUUAGAAGAAACGAACGAGGGCGAUUUGCCCGCCGGGAAGAGUCGCCUCAAGCGAUUCGCCUCGGUGCCUCGGUAUGUGGAGACUCUCGUGGUGGCCGAUGAGUCCAUGGCUAAGUUCCACGGGGACGACCUGAAACACUACGUGCUCACGCUGUUGGCGGUGGCUGCGCGUCUUUACAAGCAUCCUAGCAUAAUGAACCCCAUCAAUAUAGUAGUGGUCAAGUUCGUGGUGAUCGACGAGGAGGAUAAGGGGCCCAAGGUGACCGGCAACGCAGCCAUGACCCUGCGCAACUUCUGCACUUGGCAAAAAAAGCUGAACAAGAACAGCGACAAGCACCCGGAGUAUUGGGACACGGCCAUCCUGUUCACCAAGCAGGAUCUGUGUGGAUCCUCUACCUGUGAUACUUUGGGCAUGGCUGACGUCGGCACUAUGUGCGACCCCAAGAGGAGCUGCUCAGUAAUCGAGGAUGAUGGUUUGCCGUCUGCAUUCACCACCGCUCAUGAGCUCGGUCAUGUUUUCAACAUGCCGCACGAUAACGUUAAAGCAUGUGAGGAUGUAUUUGGGAAGCUGCAGGACAAUCACAUGAUGUCGCCAACCUUGAUCCGGAUAAACCGCACCAGCCCCUGGUCUCCAUGCAGUGCAGCAAUUAUUACUGAUUUCUUGGACAGUGGGCAUGGUGACUGUCUUUUGGAUCAGCCCGAGAAGCCCUUGGCACUACCCGACGUUUUCCCUGGAGUAUCGUAUGAUCUUGAGAGGCAGUGUGAGCUGGCGUUCGGAACUGGCUCAAAGCCGUGUCCACUCAAGCAGAUACCGUGUCAGCGUCUGUGGUGUACGGGCAAGACCCAAGGCCAACCUGUCUGCCAGACACGCCACUUCCCCUGGGCGGAUGGUACCAGCUGUGGGGAGGGCAUGCUGUGUAUGCGUGGAGUUUGCUCAGAGAAGCAGGAGGUACCAAGCAAAAAGGUGGAUGGAAAGUGGGGUAAAUGGGAUUCAUUUGGACCUUGCUCUAGGACCUGUGGUGGAGGGGUGCAGUCGGCAAAAAGAGAGUGCAAUAAUCCAGUGCCAGAGAAUGGCGGGAAGUACUGCCAGGGUAUGAGAGUUAAAUACCGCUCAUGCAACCUCACACCAUGCCCUGAUACUGGAAAGAGUUACAGAGAGGAGCAGUGUGAGGCUUUCAACGGUGUCAGCCUAAACACCAACCGGCUCACGCCCUCUGUGGUGUGGGUGCCCAAGUAUUCGGGUGUCUCUGCUAAAGACCAGUGCAAGCUGAUUUGCAGAGCAAAUGGAACUGGCUACUUCUACGUCCUUGCUCCCAAGGUUGUGGAUGGAACUCCAUGUUCUCCUGACGCAUCAGGAGUCUGCGUCCAGGGCAAAUGCUCCAAGGCGGGCUGCGACAGUAAACUUGGCUCUAACAGGAAGUUUGACAAAUGUGGUGUCUGUGGGGGAGACAACAAGAACUGCAAGAAAGUUUCAGGCCUCUUUACAAAACCAAUCCAUGGCUACAACUUUGUUGUCAUGCUUCCAGUGGGUGCGGCCAACAUCGACAUCCGCCAGCGCGGUUACAAAGGCAAAGUGAGUGAUGACAACUACCUGGCUGUCAAAAACAGCCGUGGCGAGUACCUUCUUAACGGUAACUAUGUGGUGUCAGCUGUGGAGCGGGACAUCCUGGUCCGAGGUAGCCUGCUGCGCUACAGCGGAACAGGUGGCCAAACAGAGACAUUACAUCUGGUCAGGCCACUUGGUGAGACUCUUACUGUAGAGGUGCUGUCUGUGGGUCAGCUGACUCCUCCACGUAUCCGCUACUCGUACUAUAUCAAACGAGAAAGCAAGGAGGACAAGGCGCUAAAGAAGGAAAGCAGGAUUCGGGCUGAAAACAGUGUCCUUGCUGAGGAGGGAGGGCCUGGCAAGGAGGACAAUUCCCUCGAUGAAAAAAUGCCAGCUUAUGUCAAAGAGGCUCCAGCUCCUGGGAGGUGGACUGCUUCCGGGUGGGAGGAGUGCUCAGUGACCUGUGGUAAUGGCCUCCAGAGAAGAUUGAUACAGUGCCUUAAGGGAGAUGGCACUCCUGGAAUGGACUGUGAUCCUGCCAAAAGGCCCAACGCACUACAGAUAUGUGGUGACCCGUGUCCACUGUGGCAUGUGGGAGAGUGGUCUCCCUGCUCCAAGAGCUGUGGCAAAGGCUUUAAGCGGCGCCCCCUGCGCUGUGUCACCGAAGCAGGCAAGCUGCUGACUAGAGAGCUUUGUACAGGUAUGAAGAAGCCACAGGAGCUGGACUUCUGUUUGUUAAACCCCUGUUAAUGACAUUCCAGGUCUUAUAUCAACUCAUUUUGUGGACUGUCAAAUGGUAUACUCAAGAAACAGACAACAAAUGAACACAAAAGAAAAAAAACGAUCCGGAACUUCAUUUGUUCUGGUGCAUCUUGUUUUACGCCUUGUCUGCAACAGGAAAGUGACACUGAGACGAUAAACAAAAAAAAGGGAUGGGUAAAGUGAGAGAAAUAAAAACUUUGAAAGGAAUAUUUUGCUGUAUAGGCGAACAUCAAUGCAGAUUUUCAUCAGGGUCAAGAAACAUUCCACAGGUUUCAAAAAUGAAAGAAAGAAGAAAGGCACAGAAACUGCCCAAUGACUGCAAGUCCUCUUGACAUCCGGUUUGUAUAGACGUCACAAACGGUUUGAGAGUGGCUGGUAAGAGACUAGAUACAUGUAAACAGUGUUAGGACUGCUUGGCUAGUCUGGGACACACUCAGACUGCCAAGCAAAGCAAAUGGCUAAAAAACUCCCAAUGUACAAACGUUUGUGUUUACAUAAGACUUGAAUUAUUCACCAAAUUAAUUUUGGAAAUGUAAAUUGCAUUUUGUAUCUUGGCUAAAUCUAACUAUAGCUACAUUUCUAUCUGCAGAACAAAGGCUGGCCAUUUGCAACCAAUUUCUCCCUCAUUCCAAGCAUGGCACUCUUGGCAGAGCAGGUAGUGUGAGUUUAACAUAGCACCAGGGUCUUGGAGACCUGGAGACCUGAUUUGAGCCUCUCCUCUGGUCACUGUCUGUGAGGGGAGUUGUUCUCUUUAAUUGGGGACCUGGUUUAAGCCUCUCCUCUGGUCACUGUCUGUGAAGGGACCUGUUCUUUUCAUUUAGUGACCAGAGAAGAGGCUAAAAUCAGGUCCCCAUCUGUGAAGGGAGUUGUUCUCUUCUCUUGGGGACCUGAUUUGAGCCUCUCCUCUGGUCACUGUCUGAGUUGUUCUCUUCUCUUGGGAACCUGAUUUGGCUACAGAAUUGUGGUUGGAGUUCUCCAAGUGUGCUCACCUGCCCUGUAGUAAUUGUGCAGCCAAACAAACUGUCUGGCUUUACCUGCUGUGGAAAAAAAUCAUAACUCCAUGGCAUCCUAGAUUGGCAGCCGUUAUGUGACACAAACAACUAGUGGAUGAUCAGGCAUUUAAAUACAAAGUAAAGCAUCACCGAUUAUAAAUUUUGAAUCUUGAAACUAGUCAGUAAACUUCGUAUUAUUGCAUUUUUAUUUAGUGUAUCGUCUCUUUCCAGUGAGCCAGAGGUGCAGCUGCUAUAAUCAAGCCCUGUCUGGUACAGUCACUAAGUUAUUGCCACUUUUAAGAACACAUUCUUUUUUUGAGAAGAGAAGUCUCACCAUGGUUUUGUGUCUGAUGCCAACCUGGUGAGCUUAGUGUAAAUUCCUGUACUGCAUCAUACAGUUAAAUAUAUACAUAUGUGAGAUUCUAUGGAGAGACCAUAUUGUCCAUCUAAAAGAUGGUUCCUGUAUGACUUGGAAUGAUUUUUGAUGUUUUUUUUUUUUAUUUAUCUUUUGCACUUUAGUACAGCAAAAGAGUUCAACGGCCUGCAUGGGCUGCCUUGUAUACCAUGUAUACAUCCAUCUAGCUGUGCACAAAUAAGUCAUGUAAAUACCUCUUUUAUUGUAUGUAUUUUUUUACGCUGGCAUUUCGUCAUGAUUUUAAGGUAUUUAUUCCAAAUAAAACAUGUACUAACGAA